AGCAGAGUAGACGUCUGUGACUCUACACUUUGCAGCGAAAGUUUAAUUUAUUCUUGCUUCAGAACAGGUAGACAAUUCAAAACUGGUGAAAAUUAAGGUGUUGAGAUUCUAUUUAAUCAAAUCCAUCUUGUUACUCUAGCCAGUACUGAUAUUAAUCAUUCGAAAUAAGUGUUGUGUUGUGAUUGUGGCAGCUAAUAAUGUCUAGCGAUAAUUCUACGAGCGGGGACGAGUCUGGGAUCUACUUCGGAACUCCCACAAUCGGUGAACUGAAGCGAUAUUGGCAGAGAAUGGGAACUCAACCACUAGCCCAGCCUGAUUUUUUACAACAGUCCGAGGAGGAUUCGUCUUUUGAUUUAGAUGACAGUUUCCAAGCAAUGAUAGAGAAAAAGCGGCAACAAUUGAUCAAAGCGAAAGAGGACGAAUCUAAAGCAUCGGAAGAAAUUUCCUCUGUUUCGCAGUUCACUGGGGGAGGCGAUAAUACAACGAGAUGUCUGGGAAAUGAUUCAACAAUUAUUGAGCCAGAUUCAAUGUUUCGAGUUACAGAUGAAAGUUUCGAAGAAAUGGAAAGGUUAUGCUCGAUGGAACAAAGCAGGCUUCUGAUUGAUUUACAUGUACCCCAGCAUGCUGGCGAAGAGACCAGUUUAAGAAAUAUUGAGGAAUGUUCCCGUAUCAGUGAGCCAUUGGAAACCUUGUGUAAAAAUGCUACUCUAAAUAAAGAACCUGAGCAGAAUGAGGUCAAUAUAACUAUCGGUAUGUCGGAUGAAACCCAGUUGGAUGACAUCGAAGAACCGUCGUGUAUGUGGGAGCAAUCCAUUAUACAGGGCAAUGCGGGCAAAGCUCUUUCACCGGUCAAACGAGUGCAUAUGUUAAGACCAUCUACAAUCAUAGAAGAACCAACCACGAUCAACGAGACCACAGUAGCUGGAGCUGCUUCAAAGAAUACGUCAUUGGAAAGCUCCAUUUCAACCACUAUCAAUAAGACCACAGCGGCUGGAUCUGCUUCAAAGAAUACAUCAUUGGAAAGUUACAUUUCUGCUAAGCAGACAUUAAAUGGAAGCGAUAAUUGCUCGGCGGUAACAGAAAGUGAAGUAUACCGCACUGCAGAGGAAGGGAAUGAAAGCAAAUCUUCUGCACCGAAUAGUACAGUAGAUUCUGCUGUUGGCUUUGAUAUUACGGUGAACAAAACUAGCCUAGAGCUAAACACCCCAUUAAAUGAAGUAACGGUGAUUGAUGAUGAGUCUGAGUGCGAACAAGAGGAUGAUUCCGAGGACAUUAUUGUACUUAGCUCUUCAAGCGAUAGCGAAACGGAAAAUGGCAAUAACACUCUGCAAAAGAAGGAGUCGAAAUUCAAACCAUUAGACUCAUUUAAUAACAGCGGCGAUUUGCAAGAAGAUUCCCUUUGUGGUGAAGAUAGUGUUACCGAGAAUGAUGUCGGUUCAGUUUCAUUGGACGCCAUCCCGGACCAUUUCAACGAUACCUUGGAGGAAAUGGAUUUUAUGAUGCGGCAAGGAAUGAAAAUAAUGCAACAACAAAAGACACAACAGUUGCAGGGUCAAUCUACUUCUCUGAAAACCAGCAUCAAGAAGACGGUGACCGCAUCUCAACAGAAAAGUCCAUUUACACCUGCAAAUCAGGAUCGGUAUUUAAAACCAGUACAACAACCAACAUAUUCUUGUAAGCAAAUUAUUUAUCCCAAUAGCGCGAACAAGAUCUAUUCGGCUCAAAAAUCUGCAACGUCGUCUGCUGCGGUAGACUCGAGCAGCGGUGGGCUGUUCAAAAAACCUACAGUAAGCCGUUUUCCACUGCCAAAAUCUGCUAAAAAGUUUGAUCAUAUAGUUUCUCCUAUUGGAGCCUAUAUCAAUCGCACUCCACAUACAACAUUACAAUCGCAGAUUUUUAUCGCCAAAUCCAAUCUAAUCGAUGUAUUGCACAGCAACCCAGAAAAUCGAGAAAGUACACUGAGUGCCAAAGAAAAUCAUUCGCUUUCCGCCAAAGUGGAUCCUUCAACCUAUAGUUCAUCACUUCCAAGGAAAGGUGUGGUUAGUUCGCGUGGGGCCCAUGUUCUCGAUGAGAGACAUGCCGUGCGCAUUCCAGGUGGAGAAAAGGUACACAAACUUCUCAACAAUUCACCGACUAUGGUCAUUCGACACGAGGGACGACUUAAAUACCAGCGAGAACCGCAACUGACGGAUGAAAGUAUAGCGGAGGAUAGCUUAGCCGAUUUGUCAAUGAUUUCUGGCGAUGUGAGCGUUCGAGUUCUAAAGGAUGUACGGCGUUUCUGAAAUUAUAACAGGCGAGUUUAUUUUAUUUCACUUUGAUAUGUGCUAAAGCGAGGGUGAGUGUUCAGUGAUUAAACUUUCGGAAACAAGGUUUUUCUUAAAUAUAA